CAGUGGGUUGGCCGUACUUUACCGGUGAACGUAGUGUUGAUUAUGGUCAUGAAUGUGAGCUCGAUAUGGCGUAUAAUGUGUAUGCUACCAUCGUCGCGUUGGUUUGUGAGUUCCUCAUACCGCUCACGGUCAUCAUCGCUCUCAACAGCGCCGUGUACGUCAAAAUUAGGAACCGCGCCAAGGGUCUCAAAGAAAUGGGGCCAAGAAAAGUUUGUCGAUCCGAACGAGUAGAACUUAAAGCAGUUUCGAUGGAAUCCAACCGCACAUCGCCUCCUGUUUUAUCCGAGGUUUCUUUGUCCGAUGUCAAUGUAAUUUUCCCACCCCCUCCUCAUCUCUAUGAGCAGGCCGAACCAGUCCUCGAAUCAUCUUGUGUCAACUGUAUCAACAACGUCGACGACCACCAGACGAUCGCGAUGCAUCUUGACAACGAAACUGGGCGAAAAACUACGAACGCUACUGCAGAAGCGCACAAAAGCAAGCGGGAGUAUGCGCGUCAUUUGCGCGCGGCAAUAGUUUUGGCUGUUCUAGUGACAGUGUUCAUAGCGUGCUGGCUCCCGUAUCAAAUUGUAAACGUCAUCAAUGCAAUAUGUGACGAGUGUGUAUCAGAUCUUGUCUGGGAAAUCGUUAAUAAUAUCCUCUGGUGUAAUUCCUUCGUUAACCCUUUCUUGUAUGCCGCAACUAACGUUCACUUCAGGAGGAAUUUUAUCAUUUUGCUUGGACUCCACAGGUUUCGAUGUUUCAGGAGCACGAUGCAUGCGGCAGCUCGACCCAGCUCAACAGCUGAUCGAAUCAGACCCAGAUUUCGUCGUCAUCAGCAACAAUAGUUCAAUCAGCUCCUCGUAGAUAUAUAUUCCUGAUUUGAAAUGACGAUAAUAUGUGAUA